GGAAGUGGCCUCCCUGACUUUUUGAGCGCGUGGGCAGUCAAAUAAGGUGCGUAAUGUCAUGCAAUGCAGUGCGCGCGCGUCCUGGCCCCAUGAUCUUGCAAUGCAGCGCAAAAAACGGCAGCCCGCGCCGCGCAGGCAGCCGCAAACCACUGCAGCAGGGGGCUGCACAGCACCUCCCGAGCGGCGUCGAACUCUCUGCACCGCACAGCACCAACAGAGGUGCGCACCAGCGCCAGAAAGCAUCCGCCAGUCCCGCCGCGCGCCGCGCGAAAAUUCGCCGCCGCGCCGCGGCGGCGCACGAUCGCACCGUCGAACGCAGGUCCGGAAAACAUGGCCGCCCCCGACUACUACGCCCUGCUCGGCGUGCCCCGCAACGCCACGACCGCCGAGGUGCGCAAGGCCUUCCGCGGCAAGGCCCUCGAGCAGCACCCCGACCGCGGCGGCGACGAGGAAAGUUUUCGUUUGUUGUCCAAGGCCUACGACGUCCUCAGCGAUCAGGAGCGGCGUAAGUACUACGACCGCACGGGCCGCCCGGAACGCACGGCGGAGGACGACUUCCUCGACUGCUUCGGCAAGAAGACCACGGAGACCCCGAAGCGCGACGAGAGCGCCGCGCUCGCGCAGCGCCUCGACGCGUCGCACGAAGAGUCGCACGCCACGUCCUUCGAGGCGUGGAUGCGGAGCCGUCGCCCGCGGUGUCCUGAUCUGGUGGAGGCGAUGGCGCCUUCGCGAGACCACGUCGCCGUCGGCGUGCCGUCAGAGAGUCAACGUGAACCUGACGUGGUCGCGUCGAUGGCGUCGACGCGGUGCCGCGUCGCCGCGACGCCGUCGACGCGGCCACACGAGAGUCCCCGCGCCUCGCGAACGAACACGACGGUAUCAAAUCAAACGCAGGCAACGGCGAGAGCAUGGUCGUCACGACGGAAAGCCUCCUCAACGACAAGAAGAACAUCGCCGCGGACUCCUACGAGAAGGUCCUGCUGCCGCGGGUGCGUUCCACCACGAUCCGCGUCACUCCGUCCAUCGCGAAGGGCGACCUACUAAAACGAGCGGCGCAGCGCACCGAGGUCCACUACCGCAAGCUCCCCAAGCAUUUGGACUGGAAGGAGUGCCUCGUCAACGUCCGGAGUGCGCCGCUCACCUUACCGGAUCUGCGGAACGCCGCGGACUCUUCAUUGGAAUUGGGCUGCUCUUGUGUCGGUGUUGUGGAGACCGUGGGGCCCGGCACGUCGUUAUUGAAGGAGAGCGACUGGGUCGUGCCCCUAUCUGACACGAUGGGCACCUUUUCUUCCUUACGCGUUUGGGACGAGAAAGAUUUAUUGAAGAUAGAGAGAGACGUCAUGCCCGUCGAGUACGCGGCUUUAUGGAGAGAGUUAGCGUUGGCCUACCAUCUCCUGGAGACGGAGGCUUCCGAGCUCAAAGCGGGCGACGCUGUCCUGAUAAGUGCGGCGAACGGGGCCGUCGGCCAGAUCUUGAUUCAAUUAUGCAGACUCGUGAAGCUCCGAACGUUAUGUAUUGUACGAAAGUCCGACGCCUUCGAGGACACGAAGGCGUGGCUCGAGUUCCUGGGCGCGGCGCGCGUGUUCUGUUACGAGGACGUUAUUGCCGACGAACUGAAGCGGGAACAUUCGUCACUGCCGAAGCUGGCCUUCGACGGUGUUGGUGGUUCUUCUAGUUUGGUAUUGGCGGAGGCGUUGGCUCCGGGUGGAAGCGUCGUGACCUACGGCUCGUUGGCUCCGGUGCGCGGCGACUGGAGCGUAUUAGCGCGGAACCGUAUUACGGUGAGCGGCUUUUCUCUGCUCAGUUGGCUGAAGGAGGAUCGUAAAAACAGAGACAAGCUGAAGACGAUACUGACACAAGUGGCGAAGCUCGUCAACGCCCAGAAGCUGCGCGUCUCGACGACGGACGCGCCGUUGCACGCGUUCCACCGGGCGCUGUCGUCCCUGGAGCCGAACACGAAGGUCGUCUUCGCGAUGCCGUCGCUCCAGGAGGAAUUGACGCGCGAGGCCGCGCGGAAGCAAUCCAUGCGGCGCGAGAAGGAGCUCCAGAGGGAGCGCGCCCUCGCGUUGGACGCGGCGGCCUCGAGGCUCUUCGCUUCGCCUAGCUCGUCGUCAAAAGUAGACCAAGCUUUGGUCAUCGACUGCCCUUCACCGACGUCGACGCUGAUCUGGUGCCACGGCAACGGCGAGCUCGCCCAGGAGUACGCGCCCAUGUUCCGCAAGGUCUUUUCUCCAAUGAACGUCAAGGUCGUCAUGCCGGCGCCGCCCACUUCCUCCGAUUCGCAGAAGUGGUUCGAUCUUGAGGAUUUGAGUUGGUCCAAGGUCAUCGGAGGGUCGUGCGCGACGGAGGCGGAUUUGAGCGUACUAGAACAGAUCGACGCGGGCGCGGCGAAAGUAGCGGCGCUCGUGGAACAAGAAGCGAAUGGUGUCUACGUGAGCGGCUUCGCGCAGGGGGGCUGCGUCGCUUUAUAUGCGGCGCUGUGCCGCGCGCGGACGGCCGGCGCGAUGAGCCUGGGCGGGCCGCCGGUGCGCGUCGAGGUGUUGAAGGCCAAGGCCCGCUUCCCUACUACUCCGGUGCGGCUCCUUUGCGGCUCGGACGACGAGGCCUUCUCCGUCCAGUCUUGCGAGAGCGUCGUGGGCGGGUUGUCCGAGAUUGUGCCCGACGCGCGUUUGGAGGUCGUGGCGGGCGGCCGCCACGACGUGUCGUUGACCGAGGUCGAGGCGCUGGCCGCCGCGGUCAAGGCGUGCGCGAAGCCGUCGCAGUGA